AUGCGCGCGUGCGUCAGCAACGUCCACCUGUUCCACCCCCGGCGGGUGAAAACCCCCAAGCGCGGCGCCCUCGCGGGCCCGCGCGCGUCCACGACGUGGUCCCUCGACGGCGUCGGCUGCGCCGGCGCGCGAAGCGGCGACGAGCGGCUCGUCCGUCGACCGCCCCCCGAAGCGAGUCGUUGCCCGCUCCGACCGAUCGACGUCUCGUCUCUCUGCGACUCCCACCACGGUCGAUUCGCGAUGCAAGACGUCGUGUUCGAGCAAGACGGCGGGAACUUGUUCGUGUACGCCAUGAAGACGCCGGACACCGACGACCUCUCCGGCGCGACGAAGCAGUGGGCGAAGAACCUCGCCCCGAUGGAGCGCAUGCCGAUGGUAAAGCUCUUCCUGUUCCUCGUCUCCGUGCAGGAGUUCUGGAGCACGAUCACGUCGCAGAUUCGCGCGGUGACGGUCGGCGACGCGCCUCGCGCCGCGGAGCCCGUGGCGUUGCACCGCACGCCGUCGAGCGAGCCGACGCGCUCGAGCGGCGGCCUUCUCGUCGACGGGCGCGAGAUUCCCGCGUUCCAGAGGUGGCUCUUGCGACCGGGCGCGGUGCUUAACCUCGGCGGGGACGAGUUCGAGGUGCACCGAAGCGUCCACGCGCACGCGUGAGAGGCGGCGGGGAGAUAUAAGAUACGAAGGUAGGUCGGAGCGCGCGGAUAAAAAAGCGCGAGGUCGUCGCGAGCGAUCGUUUUGGUUUUCUUUCGGCGCGGCGCGGGGCGGGUUCGCGCGUCCGCCCGCAUGGCGGCGUCGCGCGUCGGCGCGUGAAGUACGUGUAAGUUAGCCCUAGAUAAGACGAGGGCGUUGUAACAUUAAGUUCGUCGUUUGUACCU